GACAAACUCAAUAUAUAUAUUGUGUGAAUAUCAGUUUGUAAAGAUAAUUUAAAACUGUAAAUAUACUAUGCUACUAGUUUUUUUUCCAACUGUCCGUAAGGUAUUAUUAGCUGACGUCACCGGAUGUAGAAACUCGACAGUAAACAGAAAUAUGCCAUCGUUGGUGUUUGACGAUCAGAUAAAGUUGAAGCUUUUUAUCUGCGUUAUGCGUCAUUUGCUGUCAAACGGAGCAGAGUAGUGAUAUUAUUGGAUACAAAAAAAUACCACCGAAUCGUUUUGGGCUACACGUUCCAAAUCUUGUCAUUUUGAUUUGCACCGGACGAGUAGACAGGAAUGGGUGGCCUGGUCAACGGGCGGCGUGGAGGAAGAUCUCCGCCUUUAAUGAUUGGCGCCCUGGUGGCCUGCAUCAUCGUCUUGGGCUUCAACUACUGGGUGUCCAGCUCCCGCAACCUGGAACUACAGACUAAGCUCUAUGAGCUGGAGGGCCAGGUGCGGCGCGGGGCUGCGGAGCGUGGGGCGGCCGAGCUGAAGAAGAGCGAGUACCAGGAGGAGAUCCAGCGCCAGAAGGAUCAGAUCAGUCGCAUCGAAACUCUCUACAAGAAGCAGCUGGAAGGAGUGCAGGACACAUGUAGCCAGGAGACGGAAAAACUGCAGCAGAACAUCUCCUCCAGUACCAAAACCAUACAAGAGCUUAGAGGCCAGUUGAAUCAGAUGAACGACGACCUGGGGAAGCUUCAGAAGGAACUGCAGGGUUGCCAAGGGAACAUCAAUACCCUCAACAACAAACUCACUUACGACAUGACGCACUGUCACUCGCAGGUCCUCUCUCAGAAGGAGUUAUGUGAGGAGAGAGUGGAGGCUGCCAAAAUGGAAGUUGAGAAGAAGAUGGAGAAGCUGCUGCUCCACGCUGUCGCUGAGGAGAAGGCAGACAGUGGCGGAGUGAAAGAGGAGGCAACGACGGGGACGGUGAAGACGUUGGCCGAUGACAACCCUUCUGCAUCUAAAGGGAAUGACCGUUCUGGACUGCAGACCAAUGAGAUCUUCAAGGAUGACGGUACUGCACCGGGCGCCCCCCCCACCAAGAACGUCCACCUAUUGGACACCACAAAAGAGGGCGCGGCUGUCAAGCCAGACCUGCCAGCAGAGGGAGCCGUGGCGACCGAGACGGGCCAGACGAGCAAAGCCGUGGCCAAGAAUCAGACUGAAGUCGAAGUGAUGGACGUCCACGCAGAAGAAGCAGACCCGGGAAUGGAAGGCAUGCUGAUCGGCCCGGCGAAAGAGGACAUUAUCGGUCAGCGAGUAGACGAGGCGGAGGAAUACGACCACGGGGAGCAAGUCGUGGGUGAGGUGGAUUUGGAGAAACAAGAGCAGCCUAUGCGUGAUAAAGCAAUAGACAAGGUUAUGGAGGAGGAGCUGGCUGACUACAACGGCGACGACGACAACGAGGGCGAGUUCGAGGCCGACAAACAAGCCGAACUCGCUCAAGUUUAAGGUGAACACCCACAUUUGCAACUUCCUCUUCUUCACCGACGCUUAUUUUUGAGCCUCCGUCAACUGAAUGGCCACAAUACAUCACAGCGGAACGUCGAAGGACCGAAACGUACACAUUUUUCCACAUGGGACAUUAUCUGUUCCAGGGUCAACCUGGAGCCAUCCUAAAACAUUUAUUAACUGUACAGGCAAGUAACAGUCUUGUAAAAAGCGAACCACUGUUAAUAAUAACAAAUGUUGACUAUUGAAAGUGUAAUGUGAAGGUCGGUUGCGUCACAUUUCAUUUUAGGACAUGACUGAUUGUGAUACAAGUGUAAAAAGAAAAGAAGCACCACUGUGAAAUGACUAUAAGUAAAUGGCAUAUUGUGGUACGCGGGAGUCCAUGAGCACGAAGCGGCUCUUUAUUUGACCAGGUGCCAAUCAUGAGCUCGGAAAAAAGAAGAAGAGAAGAAGAACAGAACAGGAACCUCAUCACACAGCAACUUAACACUUAAAUGAAUGUAUUUUGUCUUAGCAAAGCAUUUCAUUGGACAACAAGCAGCAUAGAAAACGAAUGGAUGGUGCUGCAGCGCCACCGCUGUCCACCAGAGGUAGCCCAAAGCCAAGAAGGAGGCUGAUGUCAUUGCAGCAACCCAAUGCAUUAUGAGGAUUUUUUUUUUCCAUUUCAAACUUGUAAUGGCACAUGUUUAUAUAUUUCUCAGGUAUACCUUUUGAGUGUUAAGUUGCUGUGUAAUGAGUUUAGUGUUGACACCGCUAGCCGUGAUUUCCAUUGUGUUGACAAGCACUGCUAGCUUGUGAUUGGCUCCUGCCAAAGAAAGAGCUACCGUUUUCCUCACUGACUCGCGAGCGGCACAUGACUUAAACAAUUAGCAGUCCUUCGGAAAUGAAGGAUAUGUCACAAGUUUCGAACUCAGACAUUAAAUUAUUUUUCUUAAAUCUCCCGACACAUACAGUCGAUCCCCCGGCACAGUCACGAUUCGGCACUCGCUCAAUUUUGGUCCGAAAAAAUCGAUAUAUUUUUUUUCUUGUAUUUUAUUUCAAGUACGAAGAACAGGAACCUCAUCACACAGCAACUUAA